UUUCAACACUACUAUAUAACAAAUAAUUUGAGCUCAACCCAUCAUGUCCAAGCGUGGUCCAGACCGCAGCGGUUCUCAAGGGGGAGGCGGUGGCUUCAGCAAGAGGCGAAGCCAUGGUAAACCUAUGAUCAAAAUGCUGUGUCCUUAUUAUUGUGCUGGUGCUAUCAUUGGUAAAGGUGGCGAGACCAUCAAGGAGCUCAUGGAUAAAACUGAGUGUGAUGUGAAAAUAUCAAAGAAUGAUGAGAGAUUUCCCACUACCUCUGAGCGAGUGAUUUCUGUUCAAGGUGAUCAGACCGCUGUAGAGGAAUGCAUAAUAUUUUGCCAAGAAAAGAUCAGAAAAGAUCAACCUCCUCCCAAUGCAAAGAGUGAGUCUCAUGCUAUAAACGCCAAACGGAAGGAGGCCUGCAAGCUAGUCGUGUCCGAUACUUCUGCUGGUAGGAUUAUUGGUAAGGGUGGUCAACGGAUCAAAGAUAUGAAAAAUGAUUACAGUGUUGACAUUAACAUUACCAGGAAAGACGAACUUCCUCGUGGUUUUGAUGAGAGAUGUGUGUCAGUCGAAGGAGAAGAGGGUAAUGUUGAUAACUGUGUCAAAGAAAUCAUCAAGCUUGUCUGUGAAGAUGAGUCCGCCUCCAUGGAGUGGCAUGUUUUCUACAACGACUGGAGCGACAGAAGAGAGGGCGGUCGUGAUGGUGGUCGUGACAACUACAGUGGCAGAGAUGGGGGAUAUAGUGGUGGUAAGAAUGAUAGUUUUAGUAGUGGUGGACGGGACUAUGGUAAAGACCCCUAUGAUGACCGACGUGGUGGUGCUGGUUAUGAGGACCGGUCACGUGGUGUAGACGACAGAAGAGGCUUCAGUGACAGGGACAGUUACGCAGGCCGAGACAGCUACGGAGGAGGAGGAGGAGGAGGAAGAGACAGUUAUAGUGCACGUGAUAGCGGAGUCAGAGAUUCCUACGCACGGGAUGGUGGAAGAGAUUACAGGGAUGAGAGAGUUGAAGAAAGGGGUUAUGGAGGCAGUGGAGCCAGAGAUUCAUAUGCUGGAAGAGACAGCUAUGCUGCUGGUGCACGAGACCGAGAUGUUCCUGAUAGAGACAGAGGUUAUGCUGGUGGUAGAGAUGCUGGAUUCAGAGAUGCUGGCUAUGACAGGAGAGAUGAUUACGGGAGAAAUGACAGCUUUGCUGGUCGUGAUGCUGGACGUGAUGCACCUCGUGAGAGCUUCGGUGGAGGGCGAGACAGCUACACAAGGGACAGUCGUGAUGCAGGUGGCAGAAGCAGCUUCGGUGGAGGUGGUGGAGGUGGAGGUGGAGGUGGUGGUGGAGGUGGUUACAAUGACAGGCGUGAUAACUACAGAGAUGAACCUCGAGGUGCAGGGCUUUUGUACUCUUUCAGGGUCAUGGCUUCCCCUAAAAGAAAAGAUUCGAUUUCCUCACAAGUGACAAUCAAAAUUUUGAUACCUUCCUUCACAGUCGGGGCUGUAAUAGGAAAAGGGGGCGAAGUUAUAAAAGCGAUGAAGAAAGAAAGCGGGGCCCAUAUUAGAGUAUCUCAAAACGGAAAAUACUACCCUACCACCAAUGAGAGAAUAGCAUUUGUUUCGGGUACAAACGAGCAGGUUCAUCAGGUCAUAUGUGAGAUAAAUGAAAAGAUCAGAAACGACAAGCCUCCUGAAAACAAGAAAAUAAGUUUAGACUUGAAAGAGAGAAAAACACAGAUGAAACUGAUUAUUCCUAGCAGCAGCGCCGGUAAAAUCAUAGGAAAAAGUGGCUGUAACAUCAAGGAAAUGAAAGAAAAGUACGACGUUUCCGUCAGAAUUCAGAACCACGAAGAGAGCAUCGAGGGACUUGAUGAGCGUAUAGUCACUGUUAAAGGCAGCCCAGAAAACAUCGAGAAGUCUGCCCUGACCAUACUGAGGCAUGUGGAGGAAGACAAUUUCGGUAAGAUAGACAAUAACCUAGAUUACGAUAUGUUCAACGGCUACUACCAUCAUGGUGGUUGGAGUGGUUACGGUUAUCACGACUACGAUUACGGCAGGUCUAACGGAUACCACUCUGGUGGGGGUCCCCCCUACCCCUCUUACUCUCGCUACCCCGACCAAAGGGGCUACUAUUUCAACAACUCCAAUUACAUGGAUCAUCAAUAUCCUGGAUCACGGCCUAGGAAUUACAAUAGCCGAUACACUGACUAUUCGCCCAGGUCAAGUCGACGUGGUCACGACAACACGCGUGGUCGUUCUUGAGCGUGAUGGCUUAUAUUUUGUAUCAUUAUUAUAUAUUUUAAUUGGUUUGUUGAUUUUUUCUUAUUGAACAAAGUAUAAGAUAUUA